AUGGCUUUAUUUUAUACGAAUCUAACGCUGCUGGCGAGCAGUUUUGUCAGCCAAACUAUAAAAGAGCUGAAUAUCUUAUACGGCAUGGAGUUAAAUGCAUAUAUAGAGCUGAGUGAACGUAGUUUGGUUGAACAAUAUUUGCCAGUGCAGCAGCCGGCGCUGCCAACGCUGCGUAUGAGCAACAAAUCGCCUGCACUUGUGCUGUCGGGCAACUUUAGCGAGCACGCGCUGACAAUUAUAUAUCUAGAGGAUGAGCAUAGAAGUCGCAUCUUUAGCUAUUUAACCAACUGGCUAUGGCGUGCGCAGCAGCUGCAUGUGCUCUUCAUUUAUCCACAGGCCACGGAGGUGGCACUCUAUGAACUCUUUGCGCAUUGCUGGCGUCAGGGCAUGGUGCAUAUAUUGGUGUUGCUGCCGCAGUCGCAGCAACUGAUCAGCUACAUGCCCUAUCCGCAGCUGGGACUGCUGAGAAUGCAGAAUACAACGCAAUAUUUUAAACGCACACGCGACUUGUUGUGGAACUUUCAUGGCUUUGUCAUCACUUGCGGCAUUUUGCCGAAUGCGCCACCGCGUGCGUUUCUAUUUCGAGAUCAGCGGCAGCGUUUGGUCUACGCCGGUUAUAUGCUGCGCAUGGUGCUGGACUUUAUAGCGCAUUUCAAUGGCAGCAUUAACACACGCACUUUGGAUACGCUGGCGCAGGCAAAUGAAGCGCUGAGAUUGCGCCUGGUGGACUUUCUGCCCAAUUUGCUGCCCAGCUCGGAGCAUUAUACGGGCAGCGUUAUGCUUUGGCAUGAGAAGAACUAUUUGCUGGCGCCGGCUGCACGUUUGCUGCCCAGAUACAAGUAUUUAGUGCGUCCUUUUGGCUGGAGCAGCUGGCUGGCCUUGCUGCUCACUUUGUUCUACUGCAGCAGCGCGCUGUGGCUGCUCUGCCGCCCACAGCUGCAGCUCAGCAGCGCGUUGCUGCAAAUUCUGCGUCUGCUGCUUUUUCUAAGCGCUGGCAGUCACUGGUUGACGCCACCAGCAGCGCGACGACUGCUGCUCUAUGUGCUAAUGACUGUCACCGGAUUAGUGUUCACUAAUCUUUAUCUAGCGCAGCUUUCCAGCAUUUUGGCUGCAGGCAUUUAUGACAAGCAGCUGCAUAGCUUUGGCGAUUUAGCUGGCACCAGCUAUGUGUUGCCGCUGGAGCAGUCGAGCUACGAUUUUCUGCGCCAGCUGCCGCAGCUGCAUGCAGAGCUGCUGCAGCGUCUGCAGCCUACGCCGGAUUUGCUUGUGGACAGCUAUCGCAAUGCAUUGAACACCAGCAUUUUGCACAGCGGCUUUGAGGACACUAUUGAGUUUGUUUUCUAUCAGCAGAAAUUCCUGCGCGUGCCGCGGCUGCAAAAGCUCUCGCAGAUGAUCUAUCAGCAGCCAUUCUUUAUGCCUGCGGCCUUUGGGCGUCCCUAUCUGAAGAUCUUCAAUGCGUAUGUGCGUCGCAUGUUCGAGGCGGGCAUUUUACUCAAAAUGAAGAGCGACGGCUUCACCCAUGGCAUACAAAGUGGACGCUUGCAUUUUGUCAGCAGCUCUUGGUAUCAGGAGGUCAACUCGAAUGAUUUGGAAUAUUAUUAUAUAGCUGGAUUGCUCUGGCUGGCAGGCAUGUUGCUGGCGGGCAUUAGCUUUGUCUGUGAGCUGUGCUGGACACAAAGUUUGUUAAUAAAUGUUGCUCAAUAA